GGACCGGCCCACUUCCUCUUUGGUGUUUGGCGUGUGCGUGGCAGGAGAGGCAGACCGAUUCUGCUAAGCUUUCUCCCGCGCUUCUAGCUGCAGCAAGUGCCCCGAGAUUCCUUCGCGUAAGUCCGCUUGCAUGGGAAGGAGCUUCAUCACUGAGAGGCGCUCUUUUGAUGUGGUAAAGACUCCGUUACCCUAGAUCUUUUCAGCAGCGGCUCCUUCUUAAGGUAUAGAUAUUUGCUUUCUUCAGAGGCUACAGGCAUCCUUCGGACUGCUAUAGGCUUUGAGCACCUAGCGGGAGACAUGCCUCGGGGACGAAAGAGUCGGCGCCGCCGUAACGCAAGGGCUGCAGAAGAGAACCGCAACAAUCGCAAAAUCCAGGCCUCAGAGGCCUCUGAAACCCCCAUGGCCGUGUCUGUGGUCCCGAGCACCCCCGAAGACGAUCUGAGCAGCCCAGAGGAAGACCCAAGCCCCCUGGAGGAGGCCCCUACCAUCCCUGAACAAGCCUCGAGCACUGCACAAGCACAACAGCCCUCGGUAACUCGGAGCAAUUUUCAGGGCACCAAGAAAAGUCUUCUGAUGUCCAUAUUAGCCCUCAUCUUCAUCAUGGGCAACAGCGCCAAAGAGGCUUUGGUCUGGAAAGUGCUGGGGAAGUUAGGCAUGCAGCCUGGGCGGCAACACAGCAUCUUUGGAGAUCCAAAAAAGGUCGUCACAGAAGAGUUUGUGCGCAGAGGGUACCUGAUUUAUAAGCCAGUGCCCCGCAGCAGUCCUGUGGAGUAUGAGUUCUUCUGGGGCCCUCGAGCACAUGUGGAGUCCAGCAAGCUGAAAGUUAUGCAUUUUGUGGCAAGAGUUCGUAACCGAUGCUCCAAGGACUGGCCAUGUAAUUAUGACUGGGAUUCAGAUGAUGAUGCAGAAGUUGAAGCAAUCCUCAAUUCAGGUGCUAGGGGUUACUCCACCCACUAGAGAAGUCUGAAGCAGACCCUUGGAGGAGGAAAAUAGAGCAAAGGUACCCCACAGAUUAGGUGGCCUGGGUUUUGAGAUGAAAAUGAGGUGGAUGGGGGAGGGCACUGUUGGGCAUUUGUGGUAAGUGCUAAUUGUUUAAUGGCAAAAUAGAGGCAUUACUUUGGAUGUUCUAAAACUGUAUUCAUUUUUAUAAUCCUAUUGAUUAAGGAUCACAAUAUGCUGAAAUAUAAAAAUGAAGAGGUUUCUUUGUCAUUGAGAUUUAUUGGAACAGUUUUGCUAACAUUAAAAAAUGAAGUCAUUCCAUCACAUUUUGUGAUCUGGCACAAAAUUGUUAGCACCGAAAUAAGUUUUUUGAAAGCUUGAAAUAGCACGUAAAAUGUGGGGAAAGUAUGGGGAAUUGUUCAUAUUUGACCUUUUCGAAACCCUUUGUGUCUGCUGUUGUGUAAGGAAACAGACAUUUUCCAUGACUUUGCUUAGUUCUUGUAAAAUAUACAGAAGAAAAUAAAAAUAUAAUGACUAGUA